AUGGACAUAGUCUAAAAAAUAAAGAAAUAACUCCAUAAAACUCGUUUUUGGGUGAAUAAAUUCAAUGUAAUUGCAAUUUUUUCUCAUGAAAAUUAAUAAUAACUAUAAUAAUAAGCAAAGAUCGCAAAUAGGCAAGGGAAUAAGAAGAAAUUAAUAAAGCUGUAAAAAAUUAAACCAAAAAUAACUGUAAUAAUAUGUUACUAAAGGUAUUAAGAUGUACCUCAAGUCAUGGUAGUGUACGAGUAGCGAGAUUUGGUCUCAAUUUUGUUGCUCAGUUUAAAGUAGUCAGUUUAAGAAAUAUUUAAUAUAAAUUUUCUUUAUUUUUUACUUGUUUUAGUUAGUGAAAAUAAAUCAGUAUUUAAUAUCGAUGUAACUAUCAUGUUUGAUUGA